UCUUAAUUUCAUAAUGCAUCAAUGAAGCUUAGUUUCUAUAGGUAACCGUCAAGCUCAUCAAUUUUUCCCAAGAAAAUGUCGAUACCGCCGACGGAAUCAGCUCACAAUUACACCUUCUCCAGCAGUAUAAGAGAAAUAGAAGAAGAAGAAGAAGAAGAAGGGAGUGAAUUAUUUGAAAUUCACGACGGGGAACCCUUAUCGUCGAUCAAAGAAGAAGAGAUCAACAGUUUAUUUUCUUUUGACGUAGCGGCAAGAGAUGACGAUGAAGAUAAUAUAUACGUAGCGGUAGGGAAGAGCCAAUCAAGUAUCGAUGCACUGUCAUGGACGAUCUCUCAUUUUAUCAAUGGUUCUUCCACUACUGUUUAUCUCAUCCACGUGUUUCCCGAGAUUCACUACAUUCCUUCUCCAUUAGGAAAGCUGCCGAAGAGUCAAGUAUCGGCAUCACAAGUGGAGAGUUAUAUGGCGGAAGAAAGAGGGAAGAGACGCCAACUGCUUCAAAAAUAUAUUGAUAUCUGCUCUGCUUCUAAGGUUAAGGUAGAUACGAUGCUUGUUGAAAGUGAUAUGGUUGCAAAAGCCAUAUUAGAUCUAAUACCUAUUCUAAACAUUACAAAGCUAGUGGUUGGAGCCUCCAACUCCAACUUCACAACUUCAAGGAAAGUAAAGUCAAGGAGAGGUGUUCGGAUAGCUCAUCAAAUAUUAGAGACUGCACCAAAUACUUGCCAGGUCAAGGUCAUAUGUGAAGGAAAAGACGCGACUGCCCAAAUGCUCGAAUUGCCGUUGCCCUCACCAUUGCCCUCACAAUCUCCAGCAGCCAAUGAAGACCAGUUCAAGGUGUUGCCGGAAGCUGAUGAUGAUCGCCGUAAUGAUUCGUUUGCGUGCAUGUGUUUCAGACCCACCAAGUUCUAAGAAUUUCUUCAUUAGCAUUAUGAAACACAGUACUAAACAAGCUCCACUGUAUGUCCCAUUAUUUCUCUCAUGAUUGUUACAAUUUUAUUACCAGAUAUGGUUUUGGAGUUCAUACAUGAAUGUUCUGGUCUGUCGUGCUACAUUGCUCUCUGUUUGAAAUCAUAUAUUAAUUCAUGAAAUAAUUACGAAAUGCAGAUUCAAAUUUGUUAAA